AUGGAGACGAUAAAGAGAAAGAUAAAUGCGCUAAAGGACGAAAUCGAACGUAAAGAUGAAGAAAUUCAGCAUUUACGGGACGAGCUAAAAAGACAAAAGAACGAGCGAGAACACUACGAACAAGAAGCCACUUCUCUCGUCAGAAAAUGUCAAUUGCUAGAAUCGGAUCUAGACAGAACAGAGGACACGCUCGCGCAGACGAUGAAAAAACUCGAGCUUUCGGAAAGAGCACGAGACGAGGCUGAUGUUGCUCUUCGAUCGUUGGAAAACGCGGAACAGACAAAUUACGACAAGCUCGACCAACAAGAACAUGCACUCAAGACGGCGCAAAUGAGCGCUAACGACAGCGAUCGAAGAUAUGAAGAAUGCGCAAGAAAACUCAACGUUCUCGAAAGCGAGCUCGAGAGGAGUGAAGAUCGCGUGGAUAAAUUAUCGAUCGAAAACGCUCGACUGAAGGAAGAAGUCCGCCAAUUAUCAAAUGAACGGAAGUCGUUUGAGGCCUCUGAUGAGCAAUUUGCUGCUCGAGAAACUCAUCUCGAAAAUCGCAUCGGCCAUUUGAGCCAGGCAAACAUGGAGCUGGAGCGGACGAACGACAUUCUUGUCAAAGAAAAUCACCAGCUCGUCAAGGCUGUCGAGAGUUACGAAGUCGAACUCGACAAUCUGCAAAAGAAAAAAGACGCCGUCCAGCAGGAACUGGACCAGACACUCCAAGCGCUCAACGAGAUUUAA